ACAGACUCCCAUUUGGUAUUUCAUCAGCUCCUGAAUUGUUUCAACGUCAAAUGUCUAACCUUCUGACUGGAAUGGAAGGAACUGUAUGUCUUAUGGAUGAUAUCUUGAUCUAUGGAAGUUCACAAGAAGAACAUGAUGCUCGACUCUGCAAGGUUUUGGAGAAACUGAGGAAGUCAGGAGUUACUCUUAAUCGAGAGAAGUGUGUGUUUUCUGUUCCAAAGAUAAAGGUCUUGGGACAAGUCAUUGAUCAGAAAGGGAUCAGGAGCGACCCUGACAAAGUGAAAGCUGUGUUACAAUUGAAAGAACCAACCAACACGGCUGAAGUGAGACCGUGUCCUAGGUAUGGUGAACCAUUUGGGCAAGUUCAUUCCAAAUUUGGCAGAGAAAACGGAGCCACUGCGGAAACUUCUAAGCAAACAGAAUGCUUGGAUCUGGGAAUAGCCGCAAGCACAGCAUUUCAGAAGAUCAAAGAGGAUCUUAUAAAAUCACCAGUUUUGGCUUUGUAUACACCCACUCGAGAGACGGUGGUGUCAGCUGACGCAUCAUCUUUUGGCUUAGGUGCAGUCAUACAGCAGAGACAGGACACAGGAGACUUCAAACCGAUAGCAUAUGCAUCGAGGUCGAUGACUCCCACUGAGCAAAAAUAUGCACAAAUAGAGAGAGAAGCCUUGGCUGUUACAUGGGCAUGUGAGCGUUUUAGUGAUUAUCUUUUACGGUAUGAGAUUUCAGGUGGAGACAGACCAUAAACCCCUGGUUUCUUUACUUAGUUCAAGCAAGAGGCUGGAUGAGCUACCAAUACGUAUUCAGAGAUUCAGGCUUCGACUGAUGCGAUACAACUUCUCAAUAAGUCAUGUCUCAGGAAAGAAAUUUUUUACACCUGACACGUUGUCCAGAAGUCCAGUACAGAUAACUAUGGAAUCAGAUCAUGAGUUGGAAACAGCAACUGAAGCCUAUGUCGAACUGAUCAUCAACCAUCUUCCUGUGACGGAAAAACGACUGAAAGACAUACCGGACAGACAGACUGCAGACAACACAUGCAAUCAAUUGAAACGAUUUUGCAUACAGGGAUGGCCAGCUAAACACUUGCUGAAGGGGCGAAUCAAGAAGUAUUAUCCUGUAUUUACAGAAUUGUCAGUCCUAGAUGGAUUACUUCUAAGAGGCAAUCGGAUAAUACAGCCACAUGCAGUAUCCAACAGGGUGGGGUUUGUCUAUUAUAUUUUCACUAUACGCUUGCAUUAAUAAACAUUAAAUUAAAAAUUAGUUGCUUGCAAUUUUAAUAUUCUAUGGGUUAGAAAAAUUUGACUGAUGGGUACAAUUUAAAGUUAUUUGUAGACUCAAACAGCACACUCAAUCUUUGAUCAGUUUUCCUUUUCAAUGCAAUGAAAUAUGAGCGUGGAUGAAUGUGGCCAGGCUAUACAUACUGUACAAUAAUUUUCGUCUUCCAUGCGAUUGGUAGUCGACUAAUAAAAGUGAACUAUCCGCGUGGUGUCAUUAUGCCGCAUAUCAGAUGUUUUCUUAUUAACCGAACUCUCAAUUUACAUUUACUAUGGAGAAACAAAAUUGCAACAAAAUGCCACAUUGUAGGCAAAUUAGCUAUACUUCUAAUGAAUUAACUCUAUAAUACAACUUUAAGCAGCGACAACGGUCAGUGGAUGGUCCGGCCAUGUAAUUUCUACAUUUCAAUUUCUAUGUUUCAUUUUUUUAAUUUUCAAUUUUAUAUUUUUUUGUAAAAUGGUUUUUCAUCUUGAUAUUCGAUUCUUGUGAUCUCUAGAUUUAUUUUGUUUUUACUUACUUUCCGUCACGUGCCAAAUCAAGUCGACUGCUCUUGGCUCUGACAUACAACAUUUUGCCAGUGAAUAUCGCGGUCCCUAGCUGUGUAGUCGACACCCACUGCCUCUCGUACGCGUGAUGAGUCACAAAGCCCAUCAUCAGAAAUUUUUGUGAUGUCUCAAGUUAGAGAACUACGUCAAGUAUUUCCAGAAAGGACUGAAUCGUUUCUGAAAAGAGCGAUUCACGAUUUUUCUACCGUUGAGAGCGCUGUAGAAGCUGUGCCGGAUGGACUUAUUCCACAGCCCAACAGCACAAACAGUCUACACCGAUGAAGUGGGUGAUUUGUCUGAUCUCUUGGAAAGCUAUUGCCCCGAUCUCGGUACUCUGCCAGCAACAAGAAUAGCUGUCGCAAGAGACAGCAUACUAACUGACACAGUCGCUUUUUUUAAAAGCAACAAGUUUGACAUACGAAGCACAUUUAGAGUUCGUUUUGAGAACGAACCGGCUGUUGAUGGAGGAGGCCCAAGGCGAGAGUUUUUUACUCUGCUCUUGCGUAGCUUAAUUGCUCCGGAUACUCCUUUUCGUCUCUUCGAGGGUAAGGCUGGUCAUAUACUGCCAAUUCACAACAUCGACGCUCUCGUGGGAGGAAUGUUCAAGUCUGCUGGCAAUAUCAUUGCAGCAUCUAUUGUUCAAGGAGGACCGGGCUUUCCGAUGUUCUCGAGUGCGUUUUAUGCAUAUUUACAAACUCAAGACCUAGAUGAUGUGUAUGCUCUUGCAACGCCUGAUGACAUUCCAGACUCGGCUGUUGCUCACUCUGCUAAGCAGAUUGGAAGACAAGACAUUUCAAAUGAAGAAUUUGAAACUCAUGUAACGGUGUUGCAAGAUUCUGUUAGUGCAGCUGGCUAUCCUUACCGACUUACUAAAGAAAAUCAUGGAGAAGCCGUUCGCAGCCUGCUUGUGCACGAGAUAAUUUUGAGCAGACGUUCAGAAAUUGACCAAGUCAUAGCAGGACUCGGACCUGAAAUCUGCACGAUGGUAAAGGAGCAUGGGAAAGUAAUGUCGAGCCUAUUUACAAACGAAGGUCGAGUGCCACUCGUAGCUUCUGAAUUUCUUAAGCUUGUGACGUAUGAAAAUACGUUACCUCGACAUUUGAAGGAUUACUUUCAGCGGUACGUCUUAGAAGCAGAUGAGAAACACCUUCGUUUGCUGCUGCAGUCUGUCAGUGGAGUGUCAGCAGUCCCUCCGAUGGGAUUCCAGAUGCCGGAUAGAAUCACAGUUUCGAGUAUUCGGUCACGUUAUCCAGACUGCUCGACGUGUGCGAUGAUAUUGGAGCUCCCUAUUAACUGCACCUUACAUGACGAGUUUUCUGACGCUCUCAGAACAGCCACCGAACUUCAAUCAAUGGGUUUUGGAAUUGUAUAAAUAUGACACAUAAAUUUUGCACUACUUUCUUUGCUAGAUUUGACUAGGCUUUUAGUAGAUGCAUGUUUGGUUCUAUGAUUAUUGUCUUAGAAUACAAUAAGGAAUUGUCUAACAAGACCCUUUUUGAAUUUUGCACUAGUUUAAAGUUUCUGUUACCUUUCGAUGCUUGAUAGUUAAUCUAUGGUCGUGCUAGCCUACAGAAAUAUCUAGAUAAUAAAGGUUGAUUUUA